CGAAGCUUCCAAACGAGUCGAAAACUGCUAGCCGACACCGUAAUCCCACCCAAGAAACCCAUCGGAGCAUUCCGCGGAUCAUUAUUCGGUUUCCUGCUGGGAACUGUGCUUGCAGGAAGCGGAAUGUAUUACUACGUGGUGGACGAGUACAAGGUUUCGAAUGAGCUGUUGAAUGAGGAUAUCUAUGCUUUACAAUCUGCGGUGACGAGGUUAGAGGGAUAUGUCAAGGCUCUUGAGGUUGAGGUUAAGGGGUCGAAGAAGUAG